ACAGGUGAACUAAAAACACCCAUCAGUCACAUGUUCCAAUACGAGAGCUCCGUGGCGCUGGAGCUGGCCGACGGAUCUGACCCGGCCCAGUCCGAACGUGGAGUUGGCGCCGCAGGCGGAGGAGAACUACAUCAUUUCCAGCAGUGAGCACCAGCUGCCACUCAGCAAGUGAUUCUGACUCUUCACUUAACUUGGUAAGCGGGUCGCAAGUGGACCGUGUCGGAUCCAGAACCGGUGUGGGACAGAUUAAAGGUAGGAGUAUUCGGGGAAAGGAGGACGAGCAGGACCCAGGCCGAAGCACAUGAUUCUGAGGCCAAAUGUUUUACCAGGUCGAGACGCUCCAGAAAAAUAUCGCGCUCUGUCUCCAUCAGCUGGACACUUUUGUCCCUGCAUUUCUGGACAUUGUCCAUGUCGAGGCAUCCAGACAUCACCCACCCUUUUUGUCACACCUGCCCACCUGCUGGGUAUGUGGUUGUUUGUAACCCGGGUUAACGCCCACUUUUUAAAUUUCUGCUGUCACUUCACAACGAGCAGUACGCUACGCCAUCAAUACCCACACUUUUCAUCACACCCGCGAGGCGUAUGGUUGUUUCAACACCCACAAUUGUUGACGGUGAAAGGUUUGCAUACCUUUACGAGCCACGAAAGGACGAGAACGAACUCUUCCCUCUGGUUCGGUGGUCCCGAAUGGAACACUCUUCUAUCUAGGGGGCAGUGGCGUACCUUUCCUCCAGAAGGAGGGAGGGAGGAAGAAGAAGAAGCUGCCGUCCGAGGCAUAGUUUGUCUCGGCGCGUCGGCAGGGAUGGGUCGCAGCGGGGAGCUGAGCGACUUCCAGAGGGGCACCGUGGUAGGAUGCCACAUGUGCAAAAAGUCCCUGCGUCAGAUCGCCACCCUGCUCAAACUGCCGCGCUCCACAGUCAACAACGUCAUCGUGCAAUGGAAGAGAGAGGGCAGGACAUGCCCGCUGCCCCGCUGCGGCCGGCCGCACAAGCUCAAGGAGGAGCACCGGCAGGUUCUGGAGCGGAUGGCCCAGGAGCAGACCUUCCCGUCCCUGCAGGCGCUCGCCGCCGAGUUCCGGCGGGCGUCCGGGGCCAACGUCAGCGCGGCCACCGUCAGAAGGGAGCUCCGGGAGAUGGGCCUCAGCUGGCGGUCGUCCUCCGAAGGCAAAGCCAAAGAAAGGAAGAAAGCGCAGAAGACGGCAGAAGCCUCCAAUGAGGACAGAACCAAGGUGGGCCGCCAAGACCAAAUGGACAUGUCCCAUCUGGACCUGCGGGUGGGCUGCAUAAUCAGGACCAUGGAGCUCCCCGGAACGGACGGCUUGUACUUGCAGCACGUGGAUGUUGGCGAGGCUCACCCGAGGACGGUGGUCAGCGAGUCUGUGCCCGUCAACCAGUUACAGAACUGCAUGGCCGUUCUGCUGUGUAAUCUCAAGCCCGUGCAGAUCCGAGGCGUGGCGUCCCAGGCAGUGGUCGUAUGCGUAAGGUCGCCGGGCAGCGUGGAGAUCCUCGCGCCUCCGAAUGGAGCGGUACCUGGCGAUAGAGUCACGAUCCAUGGAUUUACAGGUGACCCGGACAAGGAGCUGGACUCGGCCAAGGUGUGCGAGCCCGUUUGCUCGGACCUCCGCACAGACGGCCAGUGCGUGGCCACCUACAAGGGCGUGCCCCUGGAGGUCGUGGGAAAGGGCGUGUGUCGAGCACCCACCUUGCGCGACUGUGAGGUCGUCCUGACUAACGGAGGAGCGGCGUGAAUGACAGCCGGAGAGAUUUUUUAUCAAAUGUUAAACGUGGACAACAUUCCCACCAGAAGGAGACUGUUUUUGUACCGUCACUUUGAAAUCAUAUUGUUCUCAGCAGCUAUAUGUUUACGCACCAUAUUUUUUUCCAAUUAAAUUUACUGUAUUUACUCUUCUAAUAGACGCUGUGCCUCUAUUAAUUGCUAAAAAAUGAAUGCCUCCUUGUUCCCCCUUGUGUAAAAUAAAUAUUAAAAUAAUGGUGUGCCAUUAGGUAAGUGUAAUUACCUUUACGGCAGCCAAGGGGUGUGGUUCGAUAUGUAAUACGGUAACCAAAAUGAACAUUUGCUUGGUCUUAAUAUAAAAACCUUACUUCCAAUGAAAUACCCACCUCCGUGUCCCUCCUCCUCUAAAAAAUAACUGCGUGCCAUUAGGUAACUACAACCCCAAUUCCAAUGAAGUUGGGGUGCCGUGUUAAACAUAAAAACAAUACAAUGAUUUGCAAAUCAUGUUCAACCUAUAUUUAAUUGAAUACACUACAAAGACAAGAUAUUUAAUCUUCAGACUGAUAAACUUUGGUUUUUAGCAAAUAAUCAUUAACUUACAAUUUUAUGGCUGCAACACCUUCCCAAAAAGCUGGGACAGUGUCAUGUUUACCACUGUGUUACAGCACCUUUUAACAACAUUCAAUAUAUGUUUGGGAACUGAGCACACUAAUGGCUGAAGCUUUGUAGGUGGAAUUAUUUCCCAUUCUUGCUUGAUGUACAGCUUCAGCUGUUCAACAGUCCGGGGUCUCCGUUGUCGUAUUUUACGCUUCAUAAUGCGCAACACAUUUUCAAUGGGAAACAGGUCUGGACUGCAGGCAGGCCAGUCUGGUACCUGCACUCUUUUACUACAAAGCCACGCUGUUGUAACACGUGCAAAAUGUGGUUUGGCAUUGUCUUGCUGAAAUAAGCAGGGGCGUCCAUGAAAAAGACGUUGCUUGGAUGGCAGCAUAUGUUUCUCCAAAACCUGUAUGUACUUUUUCGUAUUAAUGGUGCAUUCACAGAUGUGUAAGUUAGCCAUGCCGUUGGCACUAACACAGCCCCAUACCAUCACAGAUGCUGGCUUUUAAACUUUGCGUCCAUAACAGUCCGGAUGCUUCUUUUCAUCUUUGGCCCGGAGGACACGAUGUCCACAAUUUCCCAAAACAAUUUGAAAUGUUGACUCGUCGGCCCACAGAACACUUUUCCAUAGAAGCCGGCACAGUUUCUGGGUGCUGUUGAUAAAUGGCUUUUGCUUUGCAUAGUUGCACUUACGGAUGUAGCGCCGAACCUUAUUUACUGACAUUGGUUUUCUGAAGUGUUCCUGAGCCCAUGUGGUGAUAUCUUUUACACAUUGAUGUCGGUUUUCAAAGGUCACGGGCAUUCAAUGUUGGUUUUUGGCCUUGUUGCUUUCAUGCAAUGAUUUCUCCAGAUUCUCUGAACCUUUUGAUAUUAUGGACCGUAGAUGAUGAAAUCCCUAAAUUCCUUGCAAUUGUACAUUGAGGAACAUUGUCCUUAAACUGUUGCAUUAUUUUCUCACGCACUUGUUCACAAAGAGGUGAACCUCGCCCCAUCUUUGCUUGUGAAUGACUGAGCAAUUCAGGGAAACUCAUUUUAUACCCAAUCAUGGGAUCCACCUGUUCCCAAUUAGCCUGUUCACCUGUGGGAUGUUCCGAACAGGUGUUUAAUGAGCAUUCCUCAACUUUCUGUCCCAGCAUUUUUGGAACGUGUUGCAGCCAUAAAAUUGUAAGUGAAUGAUUAUUUGCUAAAAACAAUAAAGUUGAUCAGUUUGGACAUUAAAUAUCUUGUCUUUGUAGUGUAUUCAAUUAAAUAUAUGUUGAACAUGAUUUGCAAAUCCUUGUAUUCUGUUUUUAUGUUUAACACAACGUCCCAACUUCACUGGAAUUGGGGUUGUAAUUAACUUUAUCCAGUCGACAGAAAGAAGAGUGUCUAGGUUCACCUUUUGAAAAAAAUCACUUGUGCAAAUCUAAUUGCCUUAGAUGCCUCCUUGUUCUUCCUUGUCUUAAACACAACAGGAAAUGCCAUGAGGUAACUAAUUACCUUAACUACAACCAAGCAGUACAGAUUAACCUUCACUACGGUAAACAAAAUAAAAAUCUUUAUGAUAUGAUUCUUAAUAUACAGUAAAUGCCUUACUGGACCUUCCAAUAAAUAAACCCCUCCUUGUACUCUCAUCUAAAAGAAAACACAGAGUGCCAUUGGAUAACUGUACGCAAUAACCUCUAGCCAAUCAACGGAGAGGCGUGUUCACCCUUAAAAAAACAUUAGUCCAAAUAUAGACGCCUUACUUCCAGUAAGUUGAUGGUUCCUUGUUGCCCCUUGUCUUAAAAAUAAGAUGGCAUUAGGUAACGGUACGUUAACAAAAUGCACAUUUGUGUCAUCUUUGGGCCCUGAGCGAAGCACAAGUUUCAUUAUCAUCAUCAUCAUCUACAUUAUCAAAGGACACACAAAUAGAAACUACACUCGUGACACAGAAGUAACAAUUCUCUGUGGAGCGAUCGACAGACUGUAAUGUAUCAAGCCCUACCCUGUAAAAAAGCCUGACUAAAUUGUCUCUAUUUGAGGGGGAAAUACAGUACAAUUUACAGUGUGUGUCAUGUAUUGUCAUAAAUGCCGCUUUUGUAUCUUUUCCACUGGCAACAUUUUUGCUUUAUGAUUUGAAGGAUGUGUAGAGUAUAUGGAUUGAAUCAAAAUAUGUAUUACCAUGUUGUUAGAUUGCAAAGAUUGAAAAAAUGAUACCGCUUGUUUCCAAAACCCUUUACAAAAAUGCACAAUGUCCACAGGUCAGGAGGACACAUGGGGAUAUGAGUGGUCAUUAAAAAAAAAAAAAAAAAAUUCUUAAGAGAAAAAAUUUCAAAAAACAUUUUUUUUUUUCAAUUAUAAGCAUCCAAUGUUAAUUCUUUGAGAUUAAUUCCCUGUGGAUGUGACGAAAAGUGCAGGUGUGGAACCCUUUCGCCACGACAAGCUGAAACGUGUGCGUGUGUGUAUAUACACACAUGAUCAGCUUCAUCCUAAAGGAUUUCAUGAUCAAAACUUUGGUCAUACAAAGUUACUACUCAUGCAUUCCAGAUAGUCGCUUGCUUACUUUUCUUUUUUUACUUAUUUGCUUUUUAAAAAAAAUUUAUAGAAUCACUUCUGUGUGCAGUAUAUUGGCCUGUGUAUUCUGUCAUGAAUAAAGUGAAUGGGAGAGAGUUU